ACCCUUUCUGUUUUUCUAAAUUAUGGAAAUUUUGUGGAAGACGUUGACCUGGAUUUUGAGCCUAGUCAUGGCUUCAUCGGAAUUUCACAGUGACAACAGGCUUUCAUAUAAUUCUCAAGAGGAAUUCCUGUCUUACCUUGAACAUUACCAACUAACAGUCCCAAUAAGGGUUGAUCAAAAUGGAGCCUUCCUCAGCUUUACUGUGAAAGAUGAUGAACCCUCAAGCAGAAGGAAGAGGAGUACAGACCUUUAUGACCAAGCAUCUAAAUUAUUUUUUAAACUUUCUGCCUAUGGCAAGCACUUUCAUUUAAACCUGAUUCUCAACACAGAUUUGGUGUCCAAACAUUUUACAGUAGAAUACUGGGGGAAAGAUGGACCUAAAUGGAAACAUGAUUUGUUAGACCACUGUCAUUACACAGGAUAUUUGCAAGACCAACAUAGCACCACUAAAGUGGCUUUAAGCAACUGCAAUGGUCUGCAUGGCGUUAUUGCUACAGAAGAUGAAGAGUAUUUCAUUGAGCCUUUAAGGAAUAUAACUGAAAAUUCCAAUCAUUUUAGUUAUGAAAGUGGUCGUCCCCAUGUCAUUUACAAGAAGUCUGCCAUGCACCAACGACAUCUCUAUGAUCAUGCUCAUUGUGGCGUCUCAGAAGACCUCACAAGAAGUAGUAAACCUUGGUGGAUGAAUGAUACAUCUGCUUUUCCAACUUCACUUCCAAUUAAUAACACUCUAAGUAGUCAUCGUCGACAGAAGAGAUCAGUAAGCAUUGAACGCUUUGUGGAGACGCUGGUAGUAGCAGACAAAAUGAUGGUGGGAUACCAUGGUCGCAAAGACAUUGAACAUUACAUUUUGAGUGUAAUGAAUAUUGUUGCCAAACUUUAUCGUGAUUCCAGUCUAGGAAACGUUGUGAAUAUUAUAGUGACUCGUUUAAUUGUUCUCACUGAAGAUCAGCCAAACUUGGAGAUAAACCACCAUGCAGACAAGUCCCUCGAUAGCUUCUGUAAGUGGCAGAAAUCCAUUCUCUCCCACCAAAGCGAUGGAAACACCAUUCCAGAAAAUGGGAUUGCUCACCACGAUAAUGCGGUUCUUAUUACUAGAUACGAUAUCUGCACUUAUAAAAACAAGCCCUGUGGAACACUGGGCUUGGCCUCCGUGGCUGGAAUGUGUGAGCCUGAAAGGAGCUGCAGCAUUAAUGAAGACAUUGGCCUAGGUUCAGCUUUUACAAUUGCACAUGAGAUUGGUCACAAUUUUGGUAUGAACCAUGAUGGAAUUGGAAAUUCUUGUGGGACCAAAGGUCAUGAAGCAGCAAAACUUAUGGCAGCUCACAUUACAGCAAACACCAACCCCUUCUCCUGGUCAGCCUGUAGCCGGGACUACAUCACCAGCUUUUUAGAUUCAGGCCGUGGUACUUGCCUUGAUAAUGAGCCUCCCAAGCGUGACUUUCUUUAUCCUGCUGUGGCCCCAGGUCAGGUGUAUGAUGCUGAUGAACAGUGUCGCUUCCAGUAUGGAGCAACAUCCCGCCAAUGUAAAUAUGGGGAAGUGUGUAGAGAGCUCUGGUGCCUCAGCAAAAGUAACCGCUGUGUUACUAACAGCAUUCCAGCAGCUGAGGGUACUCUUUGCCAGACAGGGAGCAUUGAGAAAGGGUGGUGUUAUCAGGGAGAGUGCGUACCUUUUGGCACUUGGCCCCAGAGCAUAGAUGGGGGUUGGGGUCCGUGGUCAAUAUGGGGAGAGUGCAGCAGGACCUGCGGGGGAGGAGUCUCCUCAUCCAUAAGACACUGUGACAGUCCAGCACCUUCUGGUGGAGGAAAAUAUUGUCUUGGAGAAAGGAAACGAUAUCGAUCCUGUAACACGGAUCCAUGUCCUUCAGGGUCCCGUGAUUUUCGAGAAAAACAGUGUGCAGAUUUCGACAAUAUGCCCUUCCGGGGAAAGUAUUAUAACUGGAAACCCUACACUGGAGGAGGGGUUAAACCAUGUGCAUUAAACUGCUUGGCUGAAGGUUACAAUUUUUACACUGAACGUGCCCCUGCGGUAAUAGAUGGAACUCAGUGCAAUGCUGAUUCGCUGGAUAUCUGUAUCAAUGGAGAAUGCAAGCAUGUGGGUUGUGAUAAUAUUUUGGGAUCUGAUGCUAAGGAAGACAGAUGCCGUGUGUGUGGAGGAGAUGGUAGCACAUGUGAAGCCAUUGAAGGUUUCUUCAAUGAUUCAUUGCCCAGAGGAGGGUACAUGGAAGUGAUUCAAAUUCCAAGAGGUUCCGUUCACAUUGAAGUAAAAGAAGUGGCUAUGUCAAAGAACUACAUUGCUUUAAAAUCUGAAGAGGACGACUACUAUAUUAAUGGUGCCUGGACUAUUGACUGGCCUAGAAAGUUUGACGUCGCUGGGACAGCUUUUCAUUACAAGAGGCCAACAGAGGAACCUGAAUCUUUGGAAGCUUUAGGCCCUACUUCAGAAAAUCUCAUAGUCAUGAUUCUGCUACAGGAACAGAAUUUGGGUAUAAGGUAUAAAUUCAAUGUUCCCAUCUCUCGUACUGGCAGUGGAGACAAUGAAGUUGGCUUUGCAUGGAAUCACCUGCCUUGGUCAGAAUGUUCUUCCACUUGUGCUGGAGGAAUACAGAAACAAGAGGUGGUGUGUAAAAGGUUGGAUGAUAACUCCAUCGUACAGAACAACUACUGUGAUCCAGACAGUAAACCACCAGAAAACCAAAGAGCCUGCAACACUGAGCCUUGCCCAUCCGAGUGGUUUAUAGGAGAUUGGUCAGAAUGCAGUAAGACCUGUGAUGGAGGAAUACGUACGCGAACAGUUCUCUGUAUCAGAAAGAUUGGACCGUCUGAGGAGGAGACACUGGAAAAUAUUAACUGUUUAACAUACCGGCCUAUUGAAAAAGAACCCUGUAACAAUCAGUCUUGUCCACCACAGUGGGUUGCCUUGGACUGGUCAGAAUGCACUCCAAAAUGUGGUCCAGGAUUCAAACAUCGGAUUGUUCUUUGCAAAAGCAGUGACCUUUCAAAAACAUUUCCAGCUGCACAAUGCCAAGAGGAAAGCAAGCCUCCAGUCCGCAUCCGCUGUAGCUUAGGCCGAUGCCCCCCUCCUCGCUGGGUUACUGGAGACUGGGGACAGUGUUCCGCACAAUGUGGUCUGGGACAACAGAUGCGAACAGUGCAGUGUCUCUCAUACACUGGACAAGCAUCCAGUGAGUGUCUAGAAACUGUUCGACCUCCAUCAAUGCAACAGUGUGAAAGCAAAUGUGACAGUACUCCCAUUUCCAACACGGAAGAGUGCAAAGAUGUGAACAAAGUGGCUUAUUGCCCACUGGUGCUGAAGUUCAAGUUCUGCAGCCGAGCAUACUUCAGACAGAUGUGCUGUAAGACCUGCCAAGGACAUUGACCCACAGAAAGCAAGAGAGAGUGCCUUGUUAUAUCAUUGUGGAAAUGUGUCCAUCGAAGAGAGCCACACAGCGGAAUGGGAUUGAGGUCCUUGCAAAUGCAUUACCCUGUGGAAAACAUAACCACUGGUCAGCCCCAGCUGACAGGAUUUCAAUAUUAUUUUAACUUCUGUGAAGUGGGAUUUAUUCAUCCAAAGUGCUGGACACAGUAUAAGGAGGGCAUGCCAAAUUGGAAAGAUCCACACAACACAUAUAGAAUAGCUUACUGUGGAACAUUUGUGUUCUUUUGACUAAAUCCAAUAGUCUGUUUACCUCCUUGGACCAUUAAAGUAAUUUUUAUUAUGGACUUAGCAAUGACACUGAAUCCAUUUAUAUUUAAAACUGUUUAAAAUGUAGCUGUUAUGACUUGGUCUACUAUGGAAGUAAAGAAGAAUCAAACAAUCUUAAGUCAUAGCUUAAAAUGUUAACUAUUUUAUCUCAUUACACAGCAUCACAAUUUAAAUUAUAAAAUGGGCUUGGAAAUGUUAUUUAAGGAGCAAUUAUAAAUCUGAAGUAAAGAAAAUUAUAUUUUUUCCUUCAUUCCACCUAAUUCCCUUAGGAGUAAUCCAUAUUUGCUGAACACUGCUGUGAGCCAUAUAUUAAGCUAAACUAAACAAAACAACCAUGAGGAACUUAGUUUUAAGAGGUGCAACAGUUAUUGCAGGUGUGCAUGAAAUACAAGUGUGCUGAUAAAUCUGUGCUACAGAUAUAUAGCCAUUUUGCCAUUGUACAAGUGAAGCUGAGAUGUCCACUAAAAAGGAAAAACAUUUCAAUACCAUGAAGAAGCCAGAUUUCAAUAGUGGCGAAGACCACAGUGCUGCAUACUUCACUACUAGUGUAUAGGCUUACAUUUUAUGACUCCAAUUCACUAUUGUUUACAUCACUAGCCACAGAGAGGCAUCUAGUCAUGUUUUACAUGUUACUCCCUACUCACUAUCACCAAGAAGUUCCAGUGCAAAAGAUAAAUGUACUGUGUAAUAAUAAUAAGGCAGUCUCUCUGCAAACUUUGCUGACAAUUACAGUGGGUUCCAGAUGUUCCCUUCUUUAAUACAAUAGAAGGGCAUUUAUUUAUGAGAGAGAGUGUUUGAAUGCACAGGUUUGGAGACCAUAACAGAGUGGGCAAGGAUUACAACCAAAGAAUAAAAGAGUUAUGGGGACAUUUUGGUCAUAUUAUCAUAAUCUUAAUACUCUCAGAAUACUUUUUUAGUUAAUACUCUGAGUUGCAUUUAAAUAUGAAGCCAAACUACUUGGGCAAGUCAGAUCCAGAAUUUAGCAUACUCCUCUUCCCCUUCACCCCUAGAUCGAAGGUUCAACAAGGAGAUAAGGAAAGUGGGUACUUGUUUAUAUUAAUAUAUUGUACUUGAACAUUUGCAGUUUGCAGCAGGUACUUGAUGAAUGUGCUUUUGUGACCAGCUAUGUCUCCUUUGUUGUAGUGCAAUUAAAAUUAUGUGAACAACACGUUGUGUUAACACUAAAAAUCAAAUGGCACUUUUUAAAAAAAAAGUACUCUUUCAAUGAAACAAGUAAGUUCAAUAAAUCACAUGAAACCUAAAUGUCAGUAUAUUUAACAAAUAAUAAUAAGCCAAAUGUGUUGCACACUAUUUACUAAUGUGAAUUAACAAGGUAAAAUAGAUAUUCUUAACAGGAUUCUUGUACUAUGAAACAUGUUGACAAUCUAUAUGUGGCAUUUUAUGUAGCCCACUUAUUCAGAACCAUCAAACUCCUGUCAUCUGCUAUCUCUUGACAGUGUUUUUCACUUCCUUACACAUGUGACCAGUGGAAUUCAUUUCCAGUAAGCAUGACUUUACUCACCUACGGCCAUCUGCUGCUCUCAGUCCCCGUGUUCACAACUCCCAUUGUCACUGAUUCUCAGUAAAUAAAUUAAAAAAUAAAAAUUGGGAGUUGCAUAUAUGGAUCCAAGGACAGGGUAUAGCCCUUAGUUAAUGAGUAAAUAACCUUUAUACAUCCUAUUGAGAGAAUAACUUGGUGCUAGCAUGCGUUGACUAAGUCAAAAAUAUGGUAAAAGGGAAAGGUGUUGCUGUGGCAUUCUCUGAGCAAGCAGCUUCUUUGUAUCAGGAUCUGGUUUUCUCCAGGGCAUAAUUGUGUUUAUUAGCUAAUGUGUCUGUUCGACUAACAAGAAAGGGUUUAAAAAAGUAUUCAGAAUGAACCUUUUUUUUUUUAACCUCACUUAGGACAUUAAAGUUGCAAGGAGUGUUUCCACAGACACAUUUUGCUCUCUUACUGGUGCUAGAGGACUAGGGAGUCCAAUGUUUACUCUGCAACUUAAAACAGCACUGAGGUUGGAAAUUUAAGGAACUCCCUGGAGCAACAUUGAUUUGCAUUGUUAAAGGGAACAAAACCCAGAAUGUAUUUAAAUUUACAAACUAAAUGACACUUCUGACUAAGACCUGAAAAUAAAACCUAAUUCAAAGGAAAAAAAUCAUUGGUUUCCCCAGCACAGUUCAUUGCUGCUGCUACACUGUAGCCACCUAUGUAAGCUAAGCUAAAUAAUGUUAUAUUCUUAAGUAGUGACAAUAGGACUAUUUGUUUAGGCUGUAUAAAUAUGACAGGCCUAAAAUCAAAUAGUAGAGUACUAAAUACACAGAGCAAUCUGGUGCCAGUACUUCCAUUCAGCAAUAUCACCAACUGAAGCAGAUCAAACUAAAAGGAAAAAAUUCUAUAAAUAAAACCCCUCAAAGUGUAUACACCCAGAAAUAAUCAAUUUCAUUAGGAACUUUGUUAAUGGAGUGAAUGUCACAUAGAUAUCCUUAAUAAUACAGACUGAAGAUAUCUUUGUAUUAUUGUGAUUAGUUGCUUAUUAUUUUAUACUCAGUAUUAAUGUGGUACACUGUUACUUUAUUAUUUUUUGCUUUUGUAAAUUAUAUUCUAAUUUAUUGUCAUAUUUCCUAACACAUGUUCUACAUGCAUUCUCCUGCUUGUAAUGAAAACAAAAAUAUUGUAACACUUGAUGCAGUGAAAUUCCACACCAGGCACAAAUUUGUUUUUAACAUAGUUAAUUUAGUAAAAUAAAACUGCAGCUUUUAAAAAUGGCGUCCAUGGUAAAGUUGUCUGUUCCCUGACAUACAGAUGCUAGAAUUCCACAAGCAUGCAUUUUUCCUUCCUUCAUCAAAUACAUUUAAAAGUGUAUAGGAUGUUUUCCUUCCUAUUCAUAGAUAAGACAUAUA